CGUCGAACGAUUCAUAAGUUUGUGUGAAGAGGAUCACUUCGUUGCUUCUAUCCGAGUCUUCGUUUCUCUGUGUUUGGGUUAAGAGUUUUGUGUAUUGUAUAUCCGCCGCUCGUUAAUCGGGGGGAGAGAUGGAAACCGACUCGCGUUCACAUAAUUUUCUUCUCAAGAGGCUUGCCUCUGUUGGGGUCCCUAAACACUGCCGUUCCAAACGUGGCCUAGUGGAAUUCGUUAGAGCUAACCGUUCCAGGAUCUCUGAGAUUGUCUCUACUCUCUUACCUACAGAUGAGGAUGUUCAAGUUGGAUUGAAGGGAACUAGGGAACGGUCUCGUAAGUCUGUGGUGAGUCCUACCAUGAAAAAGAGGUUCAGGGAGAGCAUGAGUUGGCUGCAGUGGUUGAUGUUCCAGGAUGAACCUAGUGUUUCUUUGAAGAAUCUGGCAGAACUGAAUGUUGAUCAGCGAGCUGUCUGUGGCUCCGUCUGGGGAGCAGAUGAUAUAGCAUAUCGGUGUAGGACGUGCGAGAAUGACUCGACUUGUGCAAUCUGCGUGCCUUGUUUCGAGAAUGGUGAUCACAGCACCCACGAUUAUUCGAUCAUCAACACAAACGGUGGCUGUUGUGAUUGCGGGGAUGAUUCAGCUUGGAAACAAGGCGGUUUCUGUUCAAAUCAUAAAGGUUCGGGACAGAUUCAACCCCUCUCAGAGAAUCUAGCAGAGUCAGUUGGGCCUGUACUUGAUGCCCUUUUUGCUUGUUGGAGUAGCAAGCUCUUAUCGGCAGAAAGUAUUCGUAAGAAAGAUGCUAGAUCCAACGAUACUCUUGCAGCACGUCAAAAGAUGUCAAACGAGCUGACAUUCGCAGUGGUUGAAAUGCUUCUGAAAUUUUAUAAGUCCAGUGAGAGUUUGCUAAGUUUCGUUUCUAGAAGGAUUAUCGCUUCAAAUGGUCUAUUGAUGAUUCUCGUAAAGGCUGAAAGGUUCUUGGACGAAGAUGUUAUGAAGAAACUUCACGACUUGUUCCUCAACUUGAUAGGAGAUCCAGUCUUUAAGUCGGAAUUUGCAAAAGCACUUGUGAGUUACUAUCCACUUGUCAUUAGUGAAGCGAUUAAGAAGGCGGUUAAGAAGGGUGAUGAUGAUGCAUUCUUGAGAUAUCCACUACUGUCUACUUUUUCUGUGCAAAUCUUCACGGUGCCAACUCUAACACCAUUUCUGGUGAAGGAGAUGAAUCUGCUAGCAAUGCUUUUGGGAUGCCUCAGUGAUAUCUUUCUUUCUUGUUGUGGGGAGGAUGGUGUGCUACAGGCUACAAAAUGGGAACGGUUGUGUGAGACAAGUGACCGUGUCAUUUUUGACUUGAAAUUUGUUACGAGCCAUGCUGUAGUUUGGAAGUACGCAACACAUGAACAUCGGGAGUUAGCAAGAUCAUGGUUGACACUCUUGACCUUUGCUCAAGGAAUGGGUCCUCUGAAAAGAGAGACUGGAAUCCAUAUUGAAGAAGAAAAUGAGUACCAUUUGUUCUUUAGUUUGAGUCACUCAAUAGCUGGUAUUCACUUUCUGUUGGUUAAUGGUACAUAUUCUCCUGCCAGUGAUGAACAAAUAGAAAAUGAGAGAACCGCCAAGGCUAGACUAGAGAAUGGUGAUGGAGAUGGAGAAAGGUAUGCAAAAGUUGGGAAAUUGUCUCAUGAAGAUUCCGUAUGUACUGCUAUGAUAAGUAGCAGCUUCUUUGAUAGCUCAAUGGCUUCUGAAGUCCACGAAAUUGACGCUUUCCGUGCCCAGAUUCCUUCUUCUGCCAUAUGGUUGAUACGCGAGUGUUUGAAAGUUCUGGAGACAUGCUUAGGGAAAGAUCCGAGUACUAGAAGUGCAUCAGGAGUACAUAUACUUGGUUUGUCUGAUUGGCCCGACAUCCACUACGAUGUGAGCUUUCAGGCCAUAUCAGUCCAUCUGCCGUUACACCGGUUACUUUCUUUGCUCAUAGAAAAAGCAUUAAGGAGGUGUUAUGGAAAAUCUGCACUGCACCAUGGAGUCAAUGUUAGUCGUGAGAUCCCACAGGCCGCCGACUUAUUCAGCUAUGUGUUAGGAGAUUUCCAUCCUUGUGGAUUUUCUGCAUUUGUUAUGGAGCAUGUUCUCCGGGUAAGGGUGUUUUGCGCCCAAGUUACUGCUGGAAUGUGGAAGAAGAAUGGGGAUUCUGCAUUAGUAUCUUGUGAGUGGUAUCGGUCAGUUCGUCGGUCAGAACAGGGACUUGAGCUUGAUCUAUUUCUCAUGCAAUGUUGUGGUGCGCUGGCUCCUGCAGAUUCUUAUGUUAAUAAGCUUCUCAGCCGAUUUGGACUCUCGAGCUAUCUUUCACUAGACCCCGAUAUAACAAAUGAGUAUGAACCAGUUUUGGUCCAAGAAAUGCUUGCUCUUCUGAUACAGAUUCUGCAAGAAAGGCGGUUUUGUGGUCUUUCUACUGCUGAAAGUUUGAGAAGAGAGAUCAUCGUCAAGUUGGCUACUGGAGAUUUCACUCGUAGUCAAUUGGUCAAAUCUUUACCCCGUGACCUGUCCAAGUCGGAUGAGCUCCAAGAGGUCUUAGAUAACGUUUCAGUCUACUGUAAUCCAUCCGGCAUGAACCAGGGAAAGUAUUCACUACGGUCAUCUUGCUGGAAGGAAUUGGAUCUCUAUCACCCUCGUUGGCAUUCAAGAGAAUUGCAAUCUGCACAGGAAAGAUUUUCUCGCUAUUGUGGAGUGUCUGCGUUGACCACUCAGGUUCCUAGGUGGAAAAUGAUCUAUCCUCCUCUAAAGGGGCUUUCUAGAAUAGGAACUUGCAAAGCCACUUUUCAAAUCAUUUCCUCUGCUUUAUACUACGCUCUACAAAGUGGUACCUCUGUUAAAUCACGUGCUCCAGAUGGCGUUCUCAUAACGGCUUUGCACUUACUCUCGCUAUCAUUGGAUAUAUGCACUCAGCAAAGGGAAUCUAAUAUUCAGGCUUGUUGCGUAGAAGAUUCAAUUCCGAUUCUCGAGUUAGCUGGUCAGGAAAUAAUGGGUAUAAACCAAGGGGCAGGAAAAGAAAGUUUGUUGUCUCUUCUUGCUUCAUUAAUGAGGACUCGUAAAGACGAUUUUCCAGAGGAAGGCAGCUGUAAUAUUUCGUCCUGGAUUGGAAAAUUGUUGAAGAAGUUCGGUGCAAUUGAUUCUGUCUGUAUGAACCUAUUGCAAAGUCUUGCCCCGGAGGUGGUCGGUCAAUCUGGAUUUGAUAAAGUCACAUCAGGCGCUGCUUCUGAUGAGAAACGCAAGGCUAAAGCUAGAGAGAGGCAGGCUGCUAUUCUGGCUAAAAUGAAAGCUGAACAGACAAAAUUCUUGUCUACCUUGAGUUCCAGCAUGGAUGAUGAUGAUCCAAGAUCUGAAACUGAAACAAGUGAUUACGUAAUGGAACAUGAUUCAGAAAUUGCUGUUCGUGAAGUUUGCUCCCUUUGCCAUGACCCAGAUUCCAAAGACCCGGUUUCUUUCUUGAUUUUUCUUCAGAAAUCUAAACUUUUGAGUUUUGUGGAUAGAGGCCCUCCAUCUUGGGAUCAAGGUCCACAGUCAGAAAAGAAUAUCUCCGUUGAUGGAGUUCGCGAUGUCCUGAGAAGUAAUGUUUCCUCAGAUAGUUUAAUGAUUCCUCAGGAUGCAACCUCUGAGCCUGCUGCAAAUUCCGUGUUUGAAGCUUUAACAACCCGACUUAUAAGGAAUGGUCAGAUGGAGAAGAGGUCUAGCGAAGGGAGGGGAAAAGAUGACUCUAACAUGGAAUCAAUGGAGAUAGCUAUGUAUCAAACUGUUCGCAGGAAGAUUGAUAACAUUAGAAAUCAAAGCCUUGCACAUGUAGAUCAACGACCGCAUGCUACUGAAAGUAGUUUGGAGAGAAAUCCUGUUGGUGGUCUAUCUACUUUGCAACCUAGAGUUCCUGACAUUCGAUCAAGACAAACCUCUAGGCAUUCGGAUGUUAGUUCAGAUGGGUUUCACCCUACUGACUGUGAUGGGGUUUAUCUUUCAUCAUGUGGACAUGCUGUGCAUCAAAGCUGUCUUGAACGAUAUUUAAAGUCGUUAAAGGAAAGGUCUGACAGAAGAGAUGUCUUUGAAGGUGCACAUAUUGUGAAUCUAAAACAGGGAGAAUUUCUCUGUCCUGCAUGCCGGGGGCUAGCUAAUUCUGUAUUGCCUGCAUGUCCCGGAGAUUUGUGUUCUGUUUCAAGGAUACAUGAAAGUUCGAAUGAUAAGUUAGGUAAAUCAGACGCUCAGAUGCCUUCCCUUUGGCUCUCUGAAGCGUUGUGUCUACUACGAUCUGCGGCUGACGUGAUCGAAGAUGGUGAUAGCGUUAGAACAGUUUCUCUGGGGGGAGAUGAACCAAGAAGGAAAGAUCUUGAAUCUGUCUCUAACAAGCUCUGGAAUUUCUAUUUCUCUAAGCGACAGGAAAAUUUUCCGGGAAGUCCUUGGCUAUCACAAUCAAUCGUAAUGUGGGACACCCUUAAGUACUCUCUUAUUUCAAUGGAAAUUAUUACUCGCUCUGAGAAGAAUUCAAUGCCUUCUGUCUAUUGUAUUGACUCCUUGUAUGAAGAGUUAAAUACCUCAAAUGGAACUGCUUUGUCACUCUUAUUGCGAGUGGUACAGAGCACCCGAACAAAGAAUGCUUUACAUGUUUGUCAGAGAUCUAUGGGCAUGAAGCAUCUUGCAGAGUCUAUAUGCUCUGGAAUUUCAAGUAGUCCUUCGAGCUGCAUUUUUGGAAGUGAAGCAGGUUCAUUGAAGAAUAUAAACCUGCUCUGGAAUCGAGCAUCUGAUCCAAUUAUUUCCCAUGACCCGUUUUCAUCACUGAUGUGGGCUCUUUUUUGUCUCCCAUCACCUUUUAUCACAUGCGAGGAAUCUCUGUUAUCACUUGUGCAUAUUUUCCACAGUGUGUCUCUUGUUCAGACUGUAAUUGUCUAUUGUGCAGGUCGCAUGUUUAACUUGAGUAAAUUAGAUUUCGAGGAAAAAAACCUGCUUAGCGACAUCUCCAUCGCUUUGAGAGAAUCAGAUGGUUGGGAGUAUUUCAGGUCUAACAAUAUGGAUUUAUCAUGUGAUAUAAAAGAGACAAUCCGUAAAUAUAGUCUUCCUUUCUUGAGGAGAUGUGCAUUGCUGUGGAGGCUACUGAAAACUACUUCUGGAAAGUCUCAUGAAGAGGUAGAUAGAUUUGAUGUGCCAUCUGACUCUGCCACGGACAAUAUGGAUUUCAUGCAUAGUCCCCAGUCGGAGCUGAAUCAUGUGAAUGAAUUGGAGAAAAUGUUCAAAAUUCCGCAUAUUGAAACCAUUCUCAGUGAUGAACUUCUCCGGUCUUCAACACAAACAUGGCUUCGACAUUUUCUUAAGGAAUACAAAGUUAACAGAGUUAGAGGGCCUCUUUGCAUAACACCUGUAGUUCCUUUCCAGCUUAUGAAGUUACCCAAUUUAUACCAGGACCUAUUGCAGAGGUUUAUCAGGAGACCUUGCAGCAACUGCAAGAAAGUUAUCGAAGAACCUGCAUUAUGUCUUCUUUGUGGAAGACUGUGUUCUCCCAUAAUGCUACCUUGUUGCAGUGAAAGUGGUUGUCAGACUCAUGCAGUCACAUGUGGUGGUGGUACUGGUGUAUAUCUGCUCAUACGGCGGACCACAAUUUUGAUACAAAGAUUUGCAAGACAAUCACAUUGGCCAUCUCUUUACUUGGAUACGUUUGGAGAAGAGGAUACAAAUAUGUUCAGAGGAAAACGACUAUACCUUAAUGAAGAACGUUAUGCUGCAUUAACAUACAUGGUUGGUUCUCAUGGACUCGAUCACACCUCUGAAGUUGUCAAUGAAACCACCAUCGAAACUUUCUUUACUUGAAAAGGUUUUUGCUGUCUCCUUGUUUCUUAGAUGUUGUUCUCUGAUCCCAAAGAUUCGUCUACAAUUUAGAAUAUGCUCAAAAUAACAUUCUUUGUUUCGUGGUGCCGUUGCAUGUGUUUUAGCUAAUACUAAAUUUUCAAAUAUAUAUGAAAGCAACGA